UUAAUAGCUCGUUACACUCAUAUCUCUCUUUCUUUCUUAACCGUAAAGAUCUCACACCAAAAGAUCCCUGCCUCUGUUCAGUAUUUUAGUAAUUUUUACACCCUCUCUCUCUCUCUCUCAAGCCAGAGGCAAGCCAUAGGAACAGAGGAACCGGAGAGAAGCAUGUUGCGGAACAGAUCAUGCUCACCAUUGCUGCUUCUUUUUGGGGGUUUUGUGUUCUCUCUCCUUCUCCGCACAUCCUCUUCACCAACCACUUUAACUUUGCAUCUUCAGACUCUAAAUAUUCCUGGGGCUGUUAGUGAGAGGGUGAAUGGUAUAUUUGUACCAUGGGAGACAAGAAGGCAUCUUGAAGAAGAGAACUCGAACUCCACUUUGAUAUUGGCUGCACAAAGAACUCGAAGGAAAGACCCUUUGGAUAACCUUAAUCUUUAUACUGGCGGCUAUAAUAUCAGCAAUAAACAUUACUGGGCUUCUGUUAGUUUAACUGCGGCUCCCUUCUUUAUCAUUGCUGGAAUUUGGUUUGUGCUCUUUGGACUGUCCUUGGCCUUUAUCUGUCUCUGUUACUGCUGCUGUAGAAGAGAACCAUAUGGCUAUUCUCGAAUGUGCUAUGCCCUCUCUCUCAUUUUCCUCAUUUUCUUCACAGUUGCAGCAAUUGUGGGGUGUGUUGUUCUCUAUACUGGUCAAGAGAAGUUUCACAGCAUUACUACACAUACACUGGAUUAUGUUGUGAACCAGGCAAAUGUUACUGCUGAAAACCUCAGGAAUGUGUCAGAUUAUCUCGCUGCAGCUAAGAGUAUUUCUGUGGACAACGUGCUUCUGCCAGGCAAUGUCCGAAACAGCAUUGGUGACAUUGAAACAAAGAUCAACUCCUCUAGCAGUACUCUUUCCAGUCGUACGCAAAAAAAUUCUAAGGAUAUACAAGAUGGUUUAGAUAGCAUGAGACUGGCUCUUAUUAUCCUUGCUGCUGUAAUGCUUACUUUGGCAUUUCUUGGAUUUUUAUUCUCCAUUGUCGGAAUGCAGUGUCUUGUAUACUUCCUGGUGAUUGUUGGGUGGAUUCUUGUCGCGGGCACAUUUAUUUUGUGUGGAGUGUUUCUUCUUGUCCAUAAUGUGGUUGCAGAUACAUGUGUUGCAAUGGAUGAGUGGGUCCUGAACCCCACUGCUAAAACAGCAAUGGAUGAUAUAAUUCCUUGUGUGGACAAUGCAACUGCUCAGGCAACCUUGCAACGAACCAAGGAAGUUACUUAUCAACUUGUCAGUGUGGUUGAUGGCAUAAUCAACAAUGUCUCCAAUAGAAAUUUCCCUCCUCAGGCAGGACCUUUAUAUUACAACCAAUCUGGUCCACUGAUGCCUGUUCUUUGCAACCCAUUUAAUUCUGAUAUCACAGAACGGCAAUGUGCUGCUGGCGAAGUGGACUUAAACAAUGCUACUGAGGCGUGGAAGAAUUAUAUCUGUCAAGAUCAAUCUGGUAUUUGCAAGACAUCUGGACGAAUUACUCCCAGUUUGUAUAACCAAAUGGCAUCUGCAGUAAACUUGAGCUAUGGGUUGCGUCGUUAUGGCCCUUUCUUGGUUAACUUAGAAGACUGCACUUUCGUUCGGCAAACUCUUACCGUGAUCACCCACUCAUAUUGUCCGAAUUUGAGGCGAUAUGCAGAAUGGAUCUAUGUUGGGCUAGUGAUGGCAUCUGCUGCUGUAAUGCUGUCAUUGAUCUUCUGGGUAAUCUAUGCAAGAGAGCGAAGGCAUCGCGUAUAUACCAAGCAGCAGCUCAUUUCUAGAGGCUUGGAAGGCCGAGACAAGGCCCCAUAGAGAUGUGCUAAUUUAGUUAUUGGGUUGCUUUAUUCUGUGUAUACCUUUGGUAGCAUAUAUGGCAAUAUUUUUGGACUUUGUACGUUACAAGUCCCCCAUAGGCUUGGCUAUUUACUAAUACUCGGUAUAGCUCUCUUCAUCGAAA